UGAGCCUCCAAACCUUCCCCGCCUUGUGUAGGUAAGUAACAUCUGGUGAAACAUUUUCCAUCAUGUCGUGGUCAUGCUAGGAAAGUUUGUUGGAAUUGGAUUGUCAGCUUAUUCAUUCACUCAUACUCUCAUCCAAGGAAGCCGUCGAAUGCCUUAACUGUUUUGAGUCUACUUGUAGUAUAAGAAUCAACAUUUUUCAUCUUGUUCAUAUUGUAAGAAAUCCUACACGACUACUACUUUCCUUCAUCCUUCAUGCCAUUACCCCAUCAAAUGAUAGAAAAAGUAAAAGAAAUACGAGCUUGUGAGGGCGGACGAGCACGAACUUCAACAAUUUGCAGAUCUGAGACAAUUCUCUGAUCAUUUAAGUACUACUCAACAUCAUCAAGACCAUCAGCAUCAUCAAGAUUUCGAGACUCAAGAGCAACAUCAAGACCAUUCAGGAACUCCAAGAACACUUACUUUCUGACCAUCGACGACGCUUCAUCUGACAUACUUUCGACCUUUCGUCAACACUACACUGAUUUGAAAUAUCACUAAGCGGACCAGUACUAGAGUUUGACUGACACUGAUCUGUAGAAGACCACUGUAGAUCAUUUCGAAAUCCACACCGUAAUUAUUUCAUCGUCACGUCAACAGGAUCAUACCGAUAUCGCAUCUUCACUGUCAAGCCUAUACGCUUACCCUGCCGCAGGUGAGCAAACUCCUAUCCUAUCCUCCUACUUGUUUGACCAAGAAGAUGGCUGCUUUACUCGGCAAAGCGAUGGCUCUCCAAGACGCCUACAACAGUGAAAUCCUCCCGAAGGUGGGGCGUGACGACUGCGAGGACACUAGCCGCGAGGACACGACUGUUGUACAAAUUCUCUCUUUUUAAUAGUAUUUUUUUUUUGUGGUAAGUUCUUGUUCUGCUUGAUGCUGCUGGAGGUAUUUUUAAAAACCAAAAACGAAAUGAGACUAUUGGAGUGUCUAUGUGAAAUUCUAAAACAAUAAUAAUUCAGGGUUAUUACGGCAGCCUCGACUACGGUAAAAACACUGGAGCUGGUCGCACGACCAUUACCACGACCACCGAAAAGCACUCGAAUUUGGGCUAUAACUUAAGUGUAGUUUUUGUUUUUCACUAUCUUCCAGUGUCAGGCAACUCAUUGAGUUGUGGGCUUCCCGUGCUUGGUUUAAAGGGAAAAGAAACUAAGAGGAAGAAAGCUCCUCUUUCCUCAAUCACGGAUAGCGAAAAACUAACUUACUACCUUUAAUUUUUAAACAAGCUGGACAAGCAGCAGGUGAAGGUGCGCAGGACUGGAAGAACCCUCUGGUGCAUCGGGUCAUCUGCUUGGUGCUACUUUGCUUCGGUCUCCUGUUUACCCUAGUAGGCGUUGAGCGCUUCCUCGCAUCUUCCGACAAUCGAGCUCCGAAAACACGUGGAAAAAAGGGCGCCACUGCAGUAGCAGCGAUCAACACGAAGUUAAGGAUCAUGCUAGAAGUCGGUAGAUGACAAAGUUAGAUCAUGCUAGAGGCUGUUAGAUGAUUGAAAAGCAAAAAGCUAGUAAGGGGAAGCAUUAUAUAAUUAACUUUGAUUAAGAUUUUGAGAAUACAACAGUUUCUCUUUGACUUUGAUGUCUCUAUUAUCAGAGAGAGUGGAGGUACCUUCAUAGUUCUCUAUCGUCAGAGAAUUGGUAUCUCCAUGCUGAGUUGUCUCCCUCUAGAUGAAAUGUACUUGGCUCGACUAAAUUCUUCAUUACGAGGACUUUGUGGUGCCCGUGCGUUAAUACUCCAAAGUCAAAGUAGAGGAUAUACUACAGAAAAAAUUCACGAACCCAACAGGAAGAAACUAAUAUAGUAAUAUGUUUUCAGUUUGAAGAGAAGUGUAAGUUACCAGACGAGUAGUAGUUGAGUAUAAAAAAGUCAAAGAGGUAUGUGUCCUUGUGUGCUAUUCUUUUGUCUGUGUCUGUCUUUGCUCCGUUUAUCCAAGUUAAGUAGUCUAAGUUGCGUAGCAAGGUGAAGGGGGUAGUCAUAGUCCCUGGAGUGCUACUAGGCUGUCAUCAUUGCAGUUCUUAUAGGAAUACUAAAAAUCACUCAACAAGUACAAGACAGGUUUUGUGUAGGAGCGUUUUUUUUGAGAGAGUGAAUGUGCAUGUGCUUGGAAAGAGACCUCCCAUGAAGAUGAAAGGCGUCCCUUAUUUGAGGGGCCUCCCCUCCCUGAAGGAGCCCCUCUUAGGAGGCCUGUUUUAGGGGGCCUUUCUUGAGCAGCCUGGCUUAACCUUAAAUGGGCUGCCUUUUUUUGGACCGUUUGAUUUUUGGACAGUGUGGCCAUUUUGAGCAUCUUUGGCUCGAGUUUUUGGUUAAAGGAUCAAGGGAUAAGCUCUCUACGUUAAGUAACGAUCAUCCGCAAGACGGUUUGAGCAUGAUGCAAGAAAAGCAUUAUUUAGACACUUUGAUAUUGGGCGUGAAUUAGUAUUGGGUUGACGCUCUCUGCGCUGCUAAAUUCUAGACUACGGCCAGCGCCCCGCUGGCUAGUGGCAAUAAUAUUCGUUUAACCCUAAACCCCCUCGUCUCGAGGUCUACGCCUAUCAGGGUAUUUGACUCUAUCAUCUUGUUCAGAAGCUUAUUUAUUCAAAGAGAAAAUGAAUCCUUAAUAUUAAUUUUUCAAAGAUUUCACGAACACAAAGUAAGAAGAAAGUCACUUCUCUCUACUGGUGUCCCACAGACACGCUUAUGUCUUCGAUGGUGAUCUUCAUUCUAAUGUAUUAAGUAAUCGCUCUGGGUAGCGAUAGUACUCUUCUUCUUUCUUUUUUGAGACAUAUGUUUACUUACCUGGUUUACUUUCGAGCCUACCUCUAUACCUUCACACUUUUUUUGACAUCGACUACGUAGUCCAAGAGCAGAGCUUUUUUGUUCUUUUCCUUUACAACCUCGUGACCACCAACGUCUUCAUCUAGGCAAAUCUCGUGAACGACAUACCCAAGAGGGAGACUGCGUCUACUACUUCUCGUUCUCUUCGUCUUCCUCUUCUUCUUGUAAGAUGAUACGCAAAAGAACUUGCAUAAUUAUAAGUAGAGCAUGGGGAAGCUUACAACUGCAUCAAAAGCAGAAGACCAAGACGAUGAAAGUCAUUAACUACUUCAACAGUCAUCCAUGAUUGACUUUUUGGAUACUAGAUACUUUUUCAUCAAAUUGGAUGUUGAUCAUAUUUUUAUACGGAGUCUUGAGCAUGAUGACUCUUCUCCUAAAUAAGAUCAUACUUAGAACAGAGUUGCUCUUCUACUACCUCUAAUGUUUACGGAUGCGCGCCAAGAAGCGGGUGACCACAGUGCUCAUGCGGCUUUGAAAAGCGAUGAUCACCAUACUCAACAAGACGUCGUCGUGGGGACAUCUACAAAAACGAAGGAAAAAACAAUCUCCAAGAGCGACCACGUGGAUUCCUCUGGUGUGGGUACAGCGGUUUCUGGUGAUCAUGUAGAUGUUGUUCCUGGUAUUGGUACUGCGGCGGUUUCUGGUGAUCGCGCAGAUGUCGUCCCUGGUGUGGGUACAGCGGCUUCUGGCGAUCAGCACGCAGUUGUCGUUCCCGGUGUUGGUACAGCGGUUUCUCGUGAUCGUACAGACCCUCGCGGUGGCACGAUUGCCACCGACCAAGCGGAUCGCGUCCCGCGAGACUUGACACCCUCGAGCGCUCACAUCCACAGGACAGCAACUGAUGGGCCUGAGGAUGAGGACCAGAAGCUCCUCCUCGAAAACUCCCAAGAACUUCUCUUGGCUGGUGACAACAACAUUAACAAGAACUACAACUCCAAGCAAAAGUCUGGUUUUGGUUCAUCUGGAGACGAUGCACGUGUUGGGGCAGGAGAGCAGCAUCAAGUCGUCGUGGCUAGUUCGGAGAGCAGAACGACCCUCCCAGGUCCUGUGGUAGAGCCUCCCAAGAUCUAUGGUCCAGCAGGUGACGCACCAUGCAUCACGUUGGAUUGGAUGUUCCGGACGAUCCGGCAACUCCCAGAUAAUUUGGGCCACGACCUUCCAGCCCGUCCUCACGACGACGACGAAACCCCUUCUGUUUCUGAAAUUCCUGUCAUGUGUUUUAUGAUGAAGGGCCGUCGAUCAUGUCUGUAACAAGUCGUGAGUAAAGCGCUAUUGCGCCACUGUUGGUACGCCUGUGUAACGGAAAGAAAUAAGUGCCUCUCCAAACGCCGAGAAAGCACUUUUUACAGAUAUUAAGCACUUUCAUUUUAGUAAAAGGCGCUCUGCAGUAGUUUUGAGGUAGUUUUUAUAAUAUAUUUUGAUUGAUGGUUGAUGCAGUAGUCAAUCCGCCCACGUCUAGUCCACUCACUUUUUUAUUGAUGCAGCUAGCGCUAGGGGUAGGAGUACGAGUAGGACGACGGGUAGUAGAAGGACUACGAGUAGUUCUUGUAGGACUACUAGGAUCAUCAUGCUUCGUGCCCUUUCAUCUUUUUGGCACUUCUUUCUCUGGACGCUUCUACUCACGCUUAAAACGUAUUUCUUGUUCUGGGACCCGAGUUCUAAUUUUUCAGAACUACAGGAUAUUGAUAGAUAAAAGUAAUUAUUUGCUGCGUGAGUGUAAGAAGAUUAUUUAAUCCACUCUCGUCUAGAAACUCCAACAUUAUUUGAUUUGUUCCACGCUAAUCUGAAUGCGUGGCCCGCUGGGCCGCGUGGUGGGACGUCCGCCUUUCUGCAGCACGAGCUCGACCAGAAAAGCGCACUCCGUCCUUUGGGUGCUGGAUAUGCGUCAGGGCGGCCCGUUAAAACUAUAACGCGGCCCCCCAGUGGACGUGGAGGAGGACAUGGAAACGCUGGAUAUAAUAGUAAAGCUGUGGCACCAGCUCCAGCUCCAGCUGCUCCUGCACCUGCACUGCCGGUACAGAAAGCUGUUGCAAAUCCAAGCGGAUAUGGUCGUGGAUACAACUCUGGUCGUGCGCCUAGCGUGAGAGCACCGGCGCCCAGUGAAAGAGGGCAUCCCCCUCCCCCGUCAGCACCACAAGGAAUACCACCAUCACUACCAGGACAGCAACUCUCGCCUCGAGAAAUCGUCCAGCAACAAGAAAUUAUAGACAAUCAUGGACAUGAGGUAUUAAAGCUAAAAGUGUGGUCGUCCAUUUUUAUGAUCACAAUAGCAAGUAUUAUAAUAUCAGAAUCAGAUGGAAUUAUAGAUGAUUUAUUUGGAUCUAUUUUGAGAGCAGAUUGACACGACCAAGAAAAAAUGGAUGCCUUGGCAAUAUCAAAUCUUGGAUGUAUUUCCAGUCAAUUUGGUGCACUUUCGAAGACGUGUACAGGUACUUAAGUAGGGAGAUCUAGAAAAAGUUAGUAGAACAACAACAACAACAAGCCGGAAAAGGCUAAGGCCAGGAGUCCGUAUUUAACUACAACAGGUUAUGCAAGCGAAGCAGCGGCUGAGUCAGGCCUUGGUAGCGUCGCGGCACCCCUUGGGGCUCACAGAAUGGUCAGGAGGGAUCGCCGAUGGUGUUGCGUAUUUUCCGGAUUGGUCAUGGGCCGAUGGUAAGAAUGGUAGGCCGCACUAUGAUUUUUCCGAAGAAUCGUUUCCAACACUCGCAUCCAGCAUAGCUGGAAAAAUCUAUAGCGAGGUACCCUGUCCUCGUUUUCGGGAGCAUGGCCAUCGCGACUGCGUUCUGAAGCGGAUCUACUAUAAGAGCUACACGGCAAGCGGGUUCAUCACUGAGGCCAUGCUGCAGCACCUUCUGUGGACCUACUUUGCUAGUAUUAAGCAACCCGGCCAAGCCGCGGCGCCGAAUUGUGUUCCGUUCGUGGAUGGCAUUUAUAUGGACCCCGAAACACUUGAUGCCUUUAUUGUUAUGGAAGCAGUGGAGAUGCUGCCGAGUGGGAAGAUUUACGAUGGAACACCAGCGGGUCAACAGAGAGCCGAGGAGGCCUAUCGCUGCUUGAAAAUUUUGAACGAGGAGAUCGGCGUUACGCACGGCGAUGUCAAGCAGGCCAAUAUGGGGAUAGGACAAGAUGGGCAUCUUCGUCUGCUGGACUUUGGCCUGGCGACAGCGUGGAUCGAAAAUAAUAAGACACCACACCCACCGAUCCUGGAGAUCGUCUUAUGGAAAGGGCUACACUUUUUCUGAUUUUAGUUAAAAUUUCAGCAUGAUCGUAGGAGCCUCUAUUUUUUGCCUUGGUAGCUCUAGACAUUUUUACUUGGAGGGGGGUCGUCCGUGUUCUCUAUUAUGGACCCACAGGCAAAGAGCUUGCAAAAAACGUAUCUUAAUAGCUUACGGAGUAAUUGAGUGGUCAAUCGUUGUAGACAAAGAUCCACUACGAGACUAGAGGUAGCUGUAGCUCUAGCUCGAUGAGCAAAAAUCAGCAGCAAUGUUAAGACGGGGGCCAACUGUGGUAUUUCAUUGCAUACAGAGUCUCUACGUACUUGCGUCUACCUUACCUGCAUUAUAAUUCAUUUAUUUUGCAUCUACUCACCUACUUCUACUCUAGGUCUUUGCAAGAGUUUCCAUUUGAUAUAGGAGGAGCCGUCGAGGCGCCUCCCAUCACUUUUUUCGGAAGGGUGCAGGGAGGCUGCGGGGCGGUGGAAGUGCACAAAGUCGCCCCCUCGACUUCUAAGACUAGCCGUAGAGCUGUUUUUGUAGAUAGUAUGGAUAAGGCGAGCUGCCAAUGAAGGCUGGUCGCACGACAUGCAGAGGAGCCCCAGUCGUGGUGGCGCUCAUCUUGUAUUCUCUCGACAUAUGAAAAUAAUAGAGUAGAUGCCAAACCCUCCGCGACCUCCCUUGCUUUCGCUCUGAUGGUAGUGAAGUACUCUCGCCUCCCUAAUAUCUCGUCUGGUGCUAUUAAGGGGUGUUGCUGCAAGUGGUGCUUGUGCCUCCGGUUAUUGGCCGUAUCCUUCCAGCCGUAAUCGCCCGCCCCCCCGUGCCCUCGCUCUGCUUUCGCUUUUCCCGUGCAGUCUCGUGGCCCGUGCGAUUGGGUGGCCGCCUGUUUGCAGGGGCAGCGCAGCCUCCUAAGGAGGCUUGUUCUAGUCCACCCCCUCGAUGGGGUAAUUCUGGCAUAUCCAUAUAUAGUGGCGUAUGAAUGAAAAUGGAAUUUUAGCGGGCGGACGAGCGUACUUCUAUGUGGUGCGGCUGAUCAUGAUGAAAGAAGGCCGCGCUAGGGGUAAAACCUGCGCUCACCUUUAUUGGACUUUGGGGCCCCGCUUUUGGUUUUCCUUGGUCGUUAAUUGAAGAGAGUGACAGCAAAGCCCAAAGCCGUGCGCUAGCCUACCACGCUGAAAACCUGCCACCCACUAAGAGCAGCUGCGGCCCAGCCUCCGUUGAGUGUGCUGGUCUUUAACAGCAACUGAAGCGCCGCACCCCAGAGGCCCCUCCGAUGGCGUGCUGCUCCGUCGCUGCCUAAGUUGGCCAGUCAAAGGCGACGCGGCAGGGGACCCAAGUCCGGGCAACCCCUUCACCACUGAGAUUCCCCUAGGGCAGGGGCUCGCAGCGGAUCUGGCAGACUUGCGUGGCGCGUCGGUAUCUAUUGGCGACGGCCGCCCAGCGCAAGCAGAAGCAACUCGUCCCACCCCCACGUGAGCAUGGUGUCACGCUUUCGCCUGAGUCUGACAGCACCAAAAAAGGCCGGCUGCAAAUAUGGGUAAGCGCCGGGUGGCUCACAACUGUGGCGCGCUUUCCGUGGUAUAGAAUUUGCACGCACCGCCGUUGCUGUGUCUUAUUAGGAAUAGCUGAUGACUCAACAUAUAUGACUGCAUGCUGUUGCGUUUCAGAUAGUUACUUUUGACUGAAGCGGACCCGGACGAGAGGCGCGUUGCCUACUCUGCUCCGUGGCUGAUGGCUUUCGUGCUCUAAUAAGUGCGGGCGCGGCGAGAGAAAACCACUGGCAGACCGAUAAAAAAAAGCUUGUGGGAGUUACGAAGCCCUUAUCAAUGCGUUUUUUGAUAAAUUCGGACGGAGCGACGAGUCUCUGUCUUUUCUUAAUGCCUUUCGUGUAGCCUUUUCUUCAGCAUUGUAUAGGCGCGUAGGCUUCUCACGUGGUCUGGUGGAUGCGUAGCCUAUUUCUUAAGCGCUCUCAGUAAUUAUCUCGCAUGAGCGUGUGGGCCCCCCUUAGCUACUUUGCUUCCCCAAUGCGUUCCGGUGUACUAAUAAAAUACAACCUGGUGGAGAGCAUUGUAGACGUUUCUGGAUCGAGGAAAUUGAUUAGAUUAGGUCGGUAGCUUUCUCACUUGUGUCGCCGGUUUCGAUGUUGUGACGCCUCAAAUUUUCAUCGCGCUGAGCUCGCAAUAGAUUCCAAACAAGCAAGCUGGCUGGCGAUGGCUUCUAGGCUAAUUCUUCAUCCCUGGCCUCUGAGCUGGCUCUCCAUGGCUUUCAAAUUCAAGCUAGCUGGCCGCGCUUUCUGGGUUGGCUCGCCACGGCUCCCAAGGUGGCUGACCAAGGCUUCCAAGGUGGCCGGCCAAGGCUUCCAAGCUAGCUGGCCCCGCCUUAUGGGGCCAGGGCUUCCAAGCUAGCCGGCCAUGGCUUUGAGCUAGCUCGCCAUGGCUUCCAAGCUAGCUGGCCACGCCUCGUGAGCUAGCUCGCUGGAGCUUCCCGGCAAGUUGCCUCGCCAUGGCUUCCCUCUGAGCUGGCUCGCCAUGGCUUCCGCCGCCAGCUAGCUGGGCUAGCUCGCCACGGCUUCCAAGCUGGCUGGCCAUGGCUUCCAAGCUAGCGGGCCGUGGCUUCUGAGCUAACUCGCCAUGGCUUCCAAGCCAGCUGGCCACAGCUUCUGAGCUCGCCGAGCCUGGCCUUAGCAUCCUCACCCACUGGCUCAGGGGCCAAGGCUUCAGAGCUAGCUAGCCAUAGCAGUAGCCAGCUCACUAGCCUAGCCACAGUGGGAGUCAGCCUGCCAGCCUUUCUAGCCUGGACGAGCGGACUUUGUGACUUUUUUCGUUUGUCUUUCGGUGUCUUCGUCAUCUGUCUAGCCGUUAACCUAUGCCCAGCGCGGCGGGCCCUUGAUGGGCCCGCUUUCUGUUUUUAUGUACUUACAGCGUUUUAGUACUUUUUAACUCGAGCAGCUUCUUUCUUUGCAGAAGCUCUUUUUUUCAGAUUUUUGCGCUGCAUGGUUCUGAAGGUUGGUGGCUAUAAGUUCAUCGUCUUCAUCUAAUGUAUGAGCACCGGUUUAUAUGCAUCCGCACCUUCUUCGGAUUCCUAGUUGCGUUGCCCAGGUCCCCGGCGCCGCGCUUCCUCCUACGGUUGGACUACAUGUCGACCUGUACGCAUUGGCGAUGAGCAUAGUUAGGGAUUGCUUUGUCCAUUCCGUUCUUGGCAAAAAAUAUGGAGACGUGACACAAAUGGCGCUUUUUGCUACCGCAGCCCUGGGAAUAAAUAUGGCGCUUGCCGAAGAACCUCCAGUACGGGUACUUGACGUGCGUAACGACGCAGCGCCCGCCCCUGAGGAGAGGCCCUAUUCCGAUUGCAUCCAGUCACUCUCAAGAACACCGGCUAACGAGUCCCCUCCAGCUGAUGCUGUUGAAGAAUAUUGCAGCUUGCAGCAAACACCACGGGAAAUCCUGCGGAACUCCAUGUUCUCUACUUUCACAACUCAACAAGGCCCUCUUUUGCACAGCGAACCGCCUGUGUGCUACAAUGGUUUCAAGCGGGAGAGUAUUGCGGAUCUUUUUGAAAAGCCGAGCGUCGUGUCUGAGACGAGUGCAUCCGGAAACCAGAUUAGUGAUCUUGUUUCCAGCUGUCUCGACUUCACUGCGACGCUCUCAGGACCUAGUGCCGUUCACCAGAAUGAAGAUGUUGAUCUUGAACAACAUGGGCAGCUCGAGUACCAUCUGAGAGCAAACAGCAAAGCUGCUGCGGCGCCCAAGAAACCUACGGCAAUUUGGAAUGAAGAGAGUGCCUUUAGCGCGCGAGCUGCUGAGCUGAUAAGACCUGCGCCACCUUCUUCCCCUUCGAGCGAUCAACAAGUGCGUCAGCGUCUGGCCGCCUUCGAGGAGCGGCCGGUUACGGCUUAGAUAACUAUAAACCGUCCACCGCUCUCUUACAGGCCUACCAAUUAGUCUGAAUUUCUUGAGAGCGUCCCCUAAGGAGCCUCCUUAAGGAGGCUCUCUUAAAAGGAUUCUCUAUUAUAUAUAAAAAGUUAUGAUAGCAUUUCUUUAAAGGACAAAAAAAAUUAAAAAAACUCUUAAAGAGCUUCCUGAGGGCGCCUCUGUUAUAAGCUUGGGCUAUUAGUAGGGCCGUCCUUAACAAAGGCCCUCCCUUAAGGGCGCCUCCCUCGCUCCCUUAAGGGCCCCGCGCCCUGGCUAACUUGCUGGCUUACCGCUUGCACGUACGUAGCUAGCUGCCGGGGCUCACCGUAGCUAGCCUGCUAGAUGCUUAGCCGUGGCUAGCCUGCUAAGUGCUUAGCCAAAGCUAACCUGCUAAGAAGUGCGCAGCUAAAGCUAAUCUGCGAGCUGCUUGGCUAUAGCUAGCUAACUUGCUAGCAAGCUUACCCCUUGCCCGUGGCUAGCUUGCUAGAAGCUUCGCUAUACAUAGCGAGCCCGCUAGCUGCUUGCGUCCAUAGUUAGGUAGCGGAUUGGCCAUGGCUAGCGGCUCAGCAGGCAUGCCUAGCCUGCUAGCAGCUCAGCAGGCAUAGCUACCCUGCUGGCUGCUUUUUAGGCAUGCCUAGCCUGGUAGCUGCUGCGCCGUACGUAGCUAUCGAGCUCACCAGCCACCCCGCUAGCUGCUCGCCCUUAUCUAGCUGGCUUGCUAUUCAGGCUAGCUCCUUGCCCGUAGCAGGUUUGCUAGCUGCUUGGCGAAAUCUAGCUCAGCAGCUGCUUUGCCAUCGCUAGGCUUCUAACUUUGCCGCGCCCCGCGGGCUUGCUAGCUAGCUUGGCGAUGGCCGCCGUGCUCUUAUCUGUCUAGUUUCUGCCGACCUAUGCCCAGCGCAGCGGGCUCCUGAUGGGCCCGCUUUCUGGGCGUGUGUUUAUAUGAUAGAAGGGCCUUGCGGUUGCGUGUUUGAGAAGAUAUUGCGUCCUUUGGCCUUUCACGGUCCCCCUCGUUAUAUAAUAGAAGAAGUUAUCGAACGGAUAUAGGGUGGACUUGGAUGGAUCGGAUGGGCCUCCCUAAGUCUUCUGGCCUUAGUUAAUUGAAAUUAUGAGAAGGCCAUCUGAUGCUGAUCCGCCCGAUCCGUCCCAUCCUGGGUCUGGCACAUCUGUAGCCUUUUCUAGUUUAAAUUUAUUGCUGCUAGAGGUUGAAGGGGAAGGGGAACAGGCUUACUGAUGUGGAAGAUUUUUCCAUGACCGCCGCUGAUGUAGGCCGGCAGGGCAAUGCCGUCACUGAUAGAGUUAGAGUCAGGGGGCGCCUCACUGUUGGUGUCGUCAAAUAGUAUGUCCAUCAGAGAAUAGCUGAGAGCUUGGGGGAGGCCGUUGUCUCUUUUUUUUGCUCUUUAUAUAGUGACUAAUCCAAGCCAGCACACAUCAGCCUCUUACCCUUUACUAGAAUUAGGCGCCUGAUAGCACUCCGGCCACUAGAGUAGAGCCCCCACUCUUCUGCACGCACUCCCCCCUCCAUGGCGUGACUCCGCUUUCUGGCUCUUUCCCCGCGCGCCAACAGUCUGGCGAGGCUGAUCAGUGGGAGGGCACAGUGACUGGGCUCUUGGCGGCUUGCGGCCAUUGAAACAAAGAAAAGGCACGCCCGGCAGUUCGAGGCUCGGGGGUUUUUUGGUCUUCUGUUAGGUUUGGCAUCUCUGCGGAAAGCUGUGGUGUCUGAGUUUCAGACUUACUUUGAAGAUUCGUCUACUUUGAAGAAGGUCAAAAACUUUGCGUCUGCUUUCUUUUUGCAGUUUAUUUCGCUUCGAUAAAGUCUGUUAGAAGCCUCCUAACUUUCGAACUUUAAAAAUUCAGGAGUUCACGCGGGGGCCCAUGGGUUCGUGGGCUCAUGCAUGGGCUGGGUUUGCUUGUUGAUAAGAAAAGAGAGGGGGGAGUUUUCUACGGUGGUCGCGUGUCUUUGGUUCGGGUGUGGGAGGUUGGGAGCUUGCUUUGGAGGAGGCGCUGUAGCUCUUUUUUUUGCUCUUACUAGUGUUUAUAUACGUACCAGGGAGGGAGGCCCCCCUCUGUAAGACGAAACGAACGCCCCAGGGCUCCCGCGUGACGCGUGGCGCCUCAGGUGACGCCCCCCAGGGCUUCGGCGUGCGAAGGGUCAAAAGGGGUGCCUGGAAGAGCGUGACGCGGCUAGAACUUCGGGCGGGGGUCUGUGUCUGGAGGAGUGUGACGCAGCAAGGGCCUGGGGGUGGUUUGUGUUCGCUUGAGAUUGACGACGACGCAGCAAGAGCUCUGGGGCGGCUUGUGUGUCAGUGAGCCCCCAGCGGUGUCUCUCUGGGUGGGGCUUCAAGCUUCGGAGAGCAGAGUGUUUGACCUGAUAGGGAGGCAGUGGCAAGCUGGGGGCCGAUAACUGAGAGAGCGCCGCAGCCGUAUAAUCUUGCGCAGAGACUUGCUGCGCGCAGACUCGGUAGUGACACCGGGGAAGGGCUAAGUGAGAGAUAGAUAGAGAGAGAGAAACAAGGAAGAGCGACGCAGAAAGACAGGGCGCUUACUAAUGCUAGAGAGAUGAGUGGCGGGCUUUGCUCUUGACUUGUGUGCGCCUUACGUACAGGCGUGGGCAAUCGUCUGAAAAGGUGCGGGGCUCAGCGCCUUAGCGGUGGCGGGUUUGGCGCGCUUUUUUUGUCAUCAUGCGCCUCGCUAUCAGGGUGUGGCGAAUUCGUAGGGCUUGUCGCGUAUGAAUGGGCGGCAUGGGUCGACCAAACAGGCCCAAAGAAAGCGCGCCAGGAAACAAAGGAGGGCAGGAAUAGCCACAAAGCCGCCCGGCCAGCAGUCUCAGUUCUGGCGGUUAGUGAUGAGGGGAGAGGGCUGUGGCUUCCAGACUGGCUCCCGCAUCAUUUUGAAAACGGAGAGGCUUGGCGGGCGGGUUGUCAGUAUGUGGCCUGCGGUUCAACAAGCGCGGGGCCAACUGCGUGUGCGGUCGGCUGUCGUGGUGGGGUGGGUUUUUUUUUCUUAGGACUCUUCGGGGGCCAUGCAAAUCCUUGGGAAUUUGCGUGACCGCCGCGGAGUUCUCGGGGGAAGGACGUGCGGGACGGUUUGAGCAGAAUGCGAUCAAUCGGAAAGCGCCCAAGCCAUGCUCAAUUGGAAAGCGCCCAUGCCAUGCAUCGCGCCGCCCGCCGACGUGGGCGGGCCGCCUGGCGGGGAGUUAGGCAGGCCCACCGUGUGCGGGUCGGACCCGUGGUUUUGAACACCCAGACAAGAACACCAAGCCAAGAACAUUCGCGCAAGAUAGAACACCCAGACAAGAACAGCCAGGUGAGAACAUCCAGGCAAAGGCAUACGCGUAAGGACACCCAGACAAGAACACACGGACAGGAACGCACAGGUGAGGACAUCCAGGCAACCAAGGGCCAGGCGGAUGGCUGGGCGUGCGCACAGGUGGGCCAUGUCUCUCCGCUUUGUUGUUCUGCUUGGAAGUGGGACGCGCGUCGCCAGGCUGUGUCUCGGUUUUGUUCUGCCUCGGAGCGUGCGGCGUGUCACGCAUCGCCGGGCCGUGUCUCUUGGUAUUGUUCUGCUUUGGAGCGUGGCGCGCGUUGUGCGCAGUUUUUUCAUGUUCCGCCGGCCUUAAGGAUCGGGGCUGGAGCGUGGCGCGCGUCGUGCGUAGUUCCUUCGUGUUCUGCCCUAUCUAAGGUUCGGGCUUGGAGCGUGACAGAGUCCGUGACACAAAAGGAGUACCACAAGAGGGGGGCACCACUAAGGAAGGGGGGCCUUGGCGUCUAGUGGGUUGGGGGCUCUGGGGUGUUCGUUUCGCUUUAAUAAUACGGCCCCCCCCCGUCCGCGUGCCCUUUUCUUCGCGGUGGUGACAUGUAAGGACCCACGGGGGGGAGGCCUCAAAAGGCGGGGCUGGAGGUUCCUGGCGGCUCUCCGCGUGUAUCCCCGAGGCGUCUUGGCUCUUGGACCUUAUCAGGGGAGCGGCGGGCCGCUGGGGGACGAAGGCGGCCGCUGUCACGCUCGCGAGGCUUGGCCUUUUUGGCUGUCAGGGGGGGCACCGUGCAGGGGCCAAAGAAACUCUCCCACUAAGGAGCUUGCACGCGGGAGGUCCUUGGGGCUGGGGUACUUACAUGCAAGAACAUGGCAAGGGGGUCAGGCUCAAGCCUUGCCACCUGCUGCUGCCCUCGGAGGCCCUCCACCCCUCAAGGGGCUCCCCCACUGAGGAGCCUGCACCCGGGAGGCCUGUACAGUGGAGGGCACAUGCAAAGAGGAAAGGGGGCGGCAGCCAAGCCUUGCCACCGUUGCCGCCUUCGGAAGCCGUCCGCCCCCGGCUUUCGGUGCCUGCUUGAACGGCCGGGGGGGCUUGGGUUCUGUAGGGUACAAGCAAAAAGCCGCGAGGGCUCGAAGGUGGGCGCUUGGAGGCCUUUCUGCCCGGAAGCCUCUCGGGGGAAAGGGUCUGGGGCUGGAGUGCCCCCUUCAAAAAGUUGGAUCGGGGGGGCCUUCAGCCUUGAGCCCUGGCCCCGGCGCAUAUAUAAUUUUAUAAAAUUUAUUGAGUAGAGCAAAGCAUGAUGGUGAGUGUAGUGAGUAAAGAAGCGACUACUCUUGCCUCUAUAGACGCUUUCCUCGUGAAGCAGAAACAUCUGAAAAAGUAACAAAAUAACCUCCUCCCUGAACAGGACGCCGAAAGGCCUUCUCCUAGUUUAGCGGUGUGCUGCAGAUUUUGGCUGGCUUUUGCUUGUAAAAAGGCGAGGGCCUAGGCCCAGCGACGCUCAAAGCCCCAAGUAAAGCAGCCGGCGCGCUUUUCCUCUUACUCUAACCUAGGUCGGUGCACACGCCCAGAGGGCCGCUGCGCUGGGCAUAGGUUAACAACUAGACAGAUACCCAAGCCACAAACGAAAAAAGUCGCCAAGUCUGCUCGCCAAGGCUAGAAACAAGGCGGGCCAGCUGGCUCCCACUGUGGCGGGGCUGGUAGGCUUGCGACUGCUAUGGCUACUGCCUUGGCCAGCUUGCUGACUGGGAAGCCAAUGGGCGCCAAGGCUGGCCUCGGCGAGCUCAGAAGCUGUGGCCAGCUGGCUUGGAGGCCAUCCGUGGCGAGGUAGCUCAGAAGCCAUGGCCAGCCUGCUCGGAAGAAGUGACGAGCUUGCCCAGGAGUCGUGGCCAGCGAGCUAGCUUGGAAAGCAUGGCGAGCCAGCCCCGAGAAGCCAAGGCCAGCUAGGUUGGAAUCCGUGGCGACCUGGCUCAGAGUGAAGCCAUGGCCAGCUAGCUCAAAGGCCAGCCAGUGCCAGCUUGGAAGCCAUAGCGAGCUAGCUCAGAAGCUGUGGCCAGCUAGCUUGGAAGCCCUGGCCUCCGAAGGCGUGGCCAGCUAGCUUGGAAGCCAUGGCCAGCCACCCGGAAGCCAUGGCGAGCGAGCUCAGAAGCCGUUGCCAGCUAGCGUAGACCUUAGAAGCCAUGGCCAGCCAGCUUGGAGGCCAUGGCGGUGGCGCGCUAGCUCUGAAGCCGUGGCCAGCUAGCGUAGACAGCUAGCCCGGAAGCGUCGGGCAGCUAGCUAAGAAGCCUUGGCCAGCUAACUCUGACUCUGGAGCCUUGGGUAGCUAGCUAUGAAGCCUUGGCUGGCUAACUCUGAUGCUGAAGCCUUAGCCAGCUUGCUAGCUCUGAAGCCUUGACCGGCGGCCGACUUGCUAGCUUACUGGCUGGGAAGCCAAGCAGUGAACUUGGACGCCAUGGCUUACUAGCAGCUCAGAAACUGCCGCCAGCUUCCUCGCUCUGAAGCCAUGGCCAGAUAGCUUAGAAGCGAUGGCCGGCCAGCUUGGAAGCCAUCCGGAGGGAGCUCCAAAGCCAUGGCCAUGUAGCUUAGAAGCCAUGGCCAGCCAGCUCAGAAGCUACGGGCAGCGAGCUCAGAAGCUUUGGCCAGCUAGCUCAGAAGCUUUGCGCGGCUCCUUAGGUACCCUAGAGGCCACGGGCUGGCCAGCUGCUUCUGCCAUAGCUGCCGCAACUUCUGCGCCAGCCGCUUCCUUAACAGAGGGCCCUUAAGGAGAAGUCUAUGGUAGCCACUGUUAUUUAGGGAGAGGUCCUUAAAUAAGGGAGUUCCUGAAGGGUGGCACACCUUGAAGGAGCUUCCUUCAGGGGCUUCUUGUUCCUUAAGGGCCCACCCUCAAGGAGAUCGUAGAAUUUGCUUAAUUGUAUAUGUUCCAGGGCGCGGGGCGACGCCCCCCCUAGCGGGGGGGGGGCCGGGCGCCCUGGACCCCUUUUUGAGGCGUCUGCCGGGGGCGGAAGGCCUCAAAAGGGGGCCAAGGGGCCACCCCCGGUUCCUUCCAGGAGCUUUGUGUCCCCUGGAGGCCUGGGAAGUAGGUGGAGACCAAGGGGCUCGCUGCCUCCUUUUCGUUUGCAUGCACCCUACAAACUUGAAGGGUUAGAGGGCUACAGGUGCCUGCCUGUGCCCUCAGUGCAUCCGUUAGGCUUCGCCGCCGCCGCAGUGCAGCGGAAGGCCUCUGAAGACGGCAAAAGGCGAGGGGCUGGACCCCCUGAGCCGUGCCGCCUGUACCCUCCGGGCCCUUGGUCAUCGGCUUGCUUGCUCUUGCGACCGUGGCCCUUGGGAACACGCGGAGAGGCCCAAGGGGAGGCCCGCGCCAAGUUUUGACGCCUUGCUUCCACCACUAGAAUCCGCGGAAAAGCGCGCGGGCGCGCCACCACAGACCAGAUCUCAGGGGGGGGGGAGGGGAGGGCCGUUCGGCCCUGAGUCAUAUAUAAGGGUUAAGAUCCCUUCGUGCAGUUUAUAUAUAAUUCAAUAUAUCUUCUACUAGUGUGUGUUGUAUGGUGUCAAGCACCACUUGUUCAUUUGAUACAACUAAUAUCUACUUCAUCGAGGACUUUUAUCAUCUCUAAUAAAGAUCAGAGUGGAACUACUGGAAUUCGGAUGACAAUGGAGAAGGGGCAGGAGAUCGCCAAAGUGGUGACGCAGCGUACAGCUGCUGCAGCUGGCGCGACAGCUGGCGCGCUCCUUCGAUUUGUGCGGGGGCUGAUGGGGUAGAACAACCGACCCGCGCCAUGAGAAUAGAAUGAGAAAAGAAGAAGAAGAUGAAGCAGAAGGGCUGUCUUCAUUCUGGGAAAUACUCAGCAGAUGAAAAACGAUUUGGGGCAUUUACGUUUACCAGAACAACAAGAAGAAGGUGAGGCCCGAUGCUGUUCUCUAUCUGAAUGCUCACUACUUAAUCUUGGUAGAUUUGACUGCUACGUGGAGGCCCCAUCCCAAUUCCAAUACCUUCACAAUAGGCGACAGACUCUCCAUUAAUGCGAGUGCUGCUAGUGCUAGGCGUAGCACCUUGUGGCUCUCCUACAUUACUGUGAGCACUCUUAUUCCUGGGCACUUCCUCCAAAGAGACCCUAGCGUGGGCAGUAGCAGAUACUUCUAUAUGUUAAAAGAUAGAAUGUAUAGAACUGAGAGGCUUCAUCCGUCCCUAGGAAUUAAGUAGCCUAAGAAUUUCCCAAAAGUGAUCUUAGCAGGAUGGCAAUCAAAUCAUCGCACAAAUCAUCGUGCGUCAUUUGGUCCGUUCUGAUCUCAUCUCCCAUUUUCCUUAACCUUGUGACCAUUUCAAGUCCUUUCGUCAAUCACUGUUGGCCCUACUUGUGAUGUUGUGCUAGCUUUUAGGUUGUCCUCUAGAGUAGAUCGCGUUGCCUCAAGUUGAGCAUGCUAUCAUUGCGAGUGCUGCUAGGGUUAAGCAGGCGCGCGGGAAGAUGUUACACAGCAGAUCAUCCUUUCCUCUUGAGGAUCGUUUGCUAGAUAUUCAACAUGAAAAUUGAGCUUUGUCAAUGUUAUGUUGAAUUAGAAUUCAAGUUGAUGAAACACAAACACUACUGAUCGAUGUUGAUCCAUUGCUUUGGCAGUCACUUUCACGUGACGGCGAAUUCGAAGCAUCCUGUCAUCCUUUCCUACCACUUGUUCCCUAUUCGUUUUUGAAGUGAGUGACGACGAUUAAAUAGUUAGAGCUUAAAAAGUCAUCGUAAACGUAAUGUCGUUGUGCUUGUAGAAGUAAGUGAUAAACAUAAAAUAUAGCGGACUUCUGAUAAGACUUGAAGAGGUUAGAUUAUAGAGGAUAUGAUGUUGAAUUUGAAGAUUAUAUUUGGCAUUAAUUAAUAUUUUUGAUCGAUUCACUAAUAAAAGUUGAUUUUGGAUCUGCGUCUGCACUUAUGGUGAUUCGUUGUAUUUUUCGUGUGCAGGAUCCCUGACGACCUAACUACCCUACCGUUCAUGGAAAUAGAGGAGGAUGAUAGGAAAAAAUCAAAGGUACUUAUAUAUUUAAUGAUCUUUUCUGUGUGUGCAGUGUUACCGGCCGUCAGCGGCCGCGUUCGUCCACCUGUCCUUCCGUAGAUGGGUUACCUCCUAUCCUAUCCUGUCCAGAGACCCUCAACCAACACCGUGUGUGCAGUGACCUCCACGAUAAUUUACGAUUAGGAGAAAUCAAGGAUGGCAAUAAAUCUAUGAAUGCUCAAUAUGUUAUCUCAUAACAUACAAGAAGAGUGGCAAAUUAUCAUGGCUUAAGAACUAGAACUACAUCACACUCACAUCAAACACACGAAGGAAAAACUACAAGGGACCCUCGAAGGUAAAAAUGGUGCGUAUUUUUUACGUGACUCUGUCUCUCCUGUGCUGGGAUGUGGGCGAUGAUAUAUUGAUUCACAUACUUAGAUUGUAGCUGGGGUCUCUUUUUAUUUUGAUAGCACAUACUAGUACUAGAAGGGACAGGCACGCACGACGACGCUAGGGGGCGUUUAUAGCGGGUCAGAUCAAACAUCACAGAUCAAUCCUAUAGUAUACCCACUGUGAGGGACUCCAGGCACAUGAAAGGAGUGCGUCGUCGUCUUCUAUCCAUCGCGGAGAGCUCAAAUGAGUAAUGCUCGUGUGGUUUUUGAUGGCAACAUCAAGUCGUAAGCAUAUUGUGUCACCCAACACUACAGAUGGGCUAUAAUUUGUCCAAUCCGUCGUGGGGAGAAUACUAGGUAGCAUCAACAGGACUCAAAGAAAGUGCCCAAAAAAAGUACGAGUGAUGAGGAUGAAGUCUAGCAGACUUGUGCAUUUUGUGAGUCUCACUUUUUUCGUAGUUUCUUGUGUACAUCCAGUGAGAGUAAGUCAUGACGUGGUAGUACUAGUAGAGUAAGGCCAAUAACGGGUUUCGAGUUGCUCGAGUUGCCACGAGUUGCUCGAGUUGCCGAAGAGAAGAGCUCCAUUGCUGGAACGAGUUGCCACGAGUUGCCGGGAGGUGUCCGCUCCAUCGAAAUGGAGCGAAGCGGGGCGGUGUGAGCGCAAACCCAUCUGGUCGAAGUGGCGAAGUGUAAGGGCGUGCUGCGUUUGUUGUUGCUCAUGAAAGGGGCAAUCGGGUGCGAAGGGCGCCGGGCCCUUAUGCCUUUUUUUCUGUAGCUUGCCAGCGCGCGCUUGUUAAAGCACAACCAAGGGGGCGAAAGACUCUGCCCGUUGUUGUUUUUGUUUGAUGUCAGUGGCGCUGUGGCGUGUGGAUACGAUCUCUCCCUUUUUUCUUCGGAUGUGUUCCCAAUAAAUCUACUUCGGGGGUGAGAGCGAGUAGCCCCCGUCUGCUUUAUAGGGCGGCACGCCCAGCCUUGCUUGGGGGUGAGUAGACUAGAGAAAGCACCAGCUGGGGGCGGAAGUUGGAAGUGGAUUAUCACACUAGAUGCGUAGUCCUUCUUUAGAUGUCGUGAGUAAUUAGAUGACCAAGCAAGUGGCUGCGAUGAGUCUCGAGCCCGAGACGGUUACUCGCUCCUGUCUCAAGGGUGCACCGCGAAGAAAAUCAAGGAUCAGAGACACGGCGCGCAGUGUCGUACGCUCCUGCUAAGGUUUCGCGGAGUCUCAUAAAGCUGCGCCCGAAGGGCGCCGCGCGACAAAUUAGGGUGGGCAACUCGAGCAACUCGAGCAACCCGAGCAACUCGACCCGAUACGGGUCAAAAAGUGCCUUACUCUAUACUAGUAUUUUGUAAAAACUAAUUAAUAAAGAUCUCGAUUUUUAUGAUUAAAAAGUAUAACUGCGCAAGUCACGGUG